AUGCCUUUCUCCAAACAACGCAAACUCCGUAGUUGUCCAAAACAAGAAUACCCGACGAUGCCACCUCCUCCGCGUGGUGACUGGUCUCUGCCACCAGAAGAGAGAAGACCACGACGGUAUUCAUCGACUCGAAAACGAUCGAUUGCUUCGCCCGGAACACGAUCCCAUCCAUCCUACCUCACAGGAGGCUCGCAAUCAACUGCACGUGGACAACAUAUGCAGCAACCUCCUAUCCUGCCUAAUGGCGUUGCGUGCUCUUCGCCAGCGUUUGUAAAUGGCACUCACCAGGCAUUUACAUCGACUUCACCUCCUCAGCGACCGCCAUCAAUGCAGAGCAUGCAACCUGGCCUAGGCCAAUACCUUCCCCCAACUCAUUAUGGCUCUGCUGCGCCUCAGCAACUGCAACCUGCUGCGCAGACAAAUCCUUCGGCAUACAAUACUACUACUGUGACGUCUGGCAGUGCUGUCCUAGUAGUACAGCUACCAGUGCUCCGUUACACCUCGCAGGGUGGUGUCAAUGUUGUCCCGCCGCCAGGAACCCCAAGCGCCUUGACCCAGACCUAUGAGAACAAUACAAAAUUGAACUUGUUGGCCGAGAAGUAA